AUGGACGUAAUCGGCAAAAUCACACCAUCAUCGGGAGCGGCAAAACACGCGUGGAUAAUAGUAGCAACCGAUUACUUCACUAAGUGGGUCGAGGCAAAAUCAUACGCCAAAUUAACAGCCAAAGAAGUUUGCAAUUUUGUAGAGGAAAAUAUUGUGACCAAAUUCGGCGUGCCGGAAACGAUCAUAACCGACAAUGGCACAAUCUUCAAGGCUGACAGGUUUAGGGAAUACACGGCAAGUCUGAAUAUCCGACUUGAGCAAUCUACGCUGUAUUACCCACAAGCGAACGGGCAGGCCAAAGCAAGUAAUAAAGUAUUAAUCGACAUUCUCAAAAAAACGGUAAGAGAGAGGCCUGGGAUGUGGCAUUUAAAGUUAAAUGAAGCAUUAUGGGCAUACCGAACUUCACCCCAGUCGGCCACCGGAACAACUCCAUACCUGUUAACUUACGGACACGAUGCUAUGUUACCAGUCGAGCUACAUAUAAACUCAUUACGAGUGAUCGAGCAGAGUAGUUUGUUUAGUGCCAAAUAUAGUCAAGCUAUGCGACAAGAAUUAGAAGACUUAGAAGAAAAUCAGAUCGACGCGGGUAAUUUAUUAAUAGCACAGAAGAAAAUUGCCGAGUGA